CCAUGUGCACCUUGACAUCGGGCUCCUCGGCUGACUCAGCCCAGCUGUGUGUGACGUCACACACCUCACAGUCGCCAUGUGGAUGACAUCUAUCACUGUUUUGUCCCUGACGUCAUAUGCGACUGCGAUGACAGAGCUGAUAGCGACCAUGGUGUGCCGAUAGGGGCCGAGGCCGGCUAUGAGAAACUCCGACUGACAGUGGCAGCUGGUGCGUGCGGUGGCGAGGACGGGAUGAUCAGGAAGAGAGUGAUAUGACUUUGGACAUAGAUUUGAGACCUAAGAGAAGACGCUGGCCCAGGCCACAUAGUGUGACUGAAGACAAAAUAGUGGACAAGACAGUGUAACGAGACCGAUUAAGAGCAAAACAGAACGCGAAGAAUACCCUUGAUACGCCCAGAGCUUCAAAGUAUCGCGGCUCAAAGUUCAAUGGUUUCAAAGCAGAGACUACAGCUGGGUGAAGCAUCGAGACUGGGCGAAAUGAACGCUGUGGUGUGUAGGAAGGAGUAGUGACCAGUGGGCGCAGACCGCGGGCAAAACCAACAGGAGAAAGGAGAAAAUGGACUCAAACUUAGAGGCUGUAUGAACUGUGAAUGGUGAUAAACCGCGUAUCCAUUGCCAAGUCUCUGCGGAGUUCAUGAGAACUUUGAGGAGGAAGUGUAGCGAAGACUGAAGGACGGCCGUUUGUGACGAUGCCGGAGGACGGGAUCAAUCUGGUCGAGUGGGACGAGCUGUCUCAGCAGCAGGAGCAGGAGCCGGAGCCGACCCGGCCGCGGCGGCGGUCACCUCUCCUCAGGUGCUUCCAAUGGCUGUUUGCCUCCUGUUUUGGCGACCGCGACUACCGGGCCCGGCUGGUGCGGGUCGGACGGCCGUGUACCGAGAAAUUCCCGCCCAACACCAUCAAAAACCAAAAGUACAACAUCAUCACGUUCAUCCCGAAGGUGUUGUACGAACAGUUCAAGAUGUUUCUGAACCUGUUCUUCCUGAUCAUGGCGCUGUCUCAGUUUUUCCCGGCGCUCCAAGUGGGCUACAUCUACACCUACUGGGGACCGCUGGGUUUUGUGAUCGCGGUGACGAUGAUCCGCGAGGCGGUGGACGACUACCGGCGCUACCGGCGUGACAAGGAGAUGAACAGCACCAAGUACAGCAAGCUCACACACCAGGGACACACCAAGGUGGCGAGCAGUCGUAUCCGCGUGGGCGACCUGCUGCUGAUCGAGAAGAACCAGCGCGUGCCGGCCGACAUGGUGCUGCUGCGGACCACCGAGCGGAGCGGCGCCUGCUUCAUCAGGACGGAUCAGCUGGACGGCGAGACGGACUGGAAGCUGCGACUGGCCGUCGGCUCCACUCAGAAGCUGGCCCGCUCCACCGACCUGUUCAGCAUCGACGCCGAGGUGUACGCAGAGAAACCGCAGAAGGACAUCCACAACUUCAUCGGGACCUUCACACGGCACGACGCGUCGAACGACAACGAUAGUCUGUCGGUGGAGAACACGCUGUGGGCCAACACAGUGCUGGCCUCGGGUACGGCGCUCGGCCUGGUGGUCUACACCGGCCGUGAGACACGCUCCGUCAUGAACAACUCGGCGCCGCGCAGCAAGACCGGCCUGCUCGACCUGGAGAUCAACAAUCUGACCAAGAUUUUGUUUGUGGUGGUGCUGGUGCUGUCGGUGGUGAUGAUGUGCCUCAAGGGCUGGCAGGGGCCAUGGUACCGCUACCUGUUCCGAUUCGUGCUCCUCUUCUCGUACAUCAUCCCGCUCAGCCUUCGCGUCAACCUGGAUAUGGGUAAGAUCUUCUACUCGUGGACGAUCCAGCGGGACUCGGAGAUGCCGCAGGCCGUGGUCAGGUCGACCACCAUCCCGGAGGAGCUGGGACGAAUCGUCUACCUGCUGACCGACAAGACGGGCACGCUGACGCAGAACGAAAUGGUGCUCAAACGCGUCCACAUGGGGUCCGUGUCGUACGGCGUCGACACGUUUGAUGAGGUUCAGUCGCUGGUGGAGCAGCACUUCGCCCCGCCGACGGCCGCCGAGCCGCCCCCGCCGGGCAGCCGUCCGUCCGGUACCGGCCGUAUCCGACGCACCAUGACGGCCCGGGUGGCGGAGGCGGUGCGCGCGCUGGCGCUCUGCCACAACGUCACACCCACGUACGAGGACCCGGCCCAGUUUUCGUCGAGUCAGUUCUCGUCCUACGACAGCACCUCCGUGUCGAGCGCCACGGCCAGCGUGGGCGGCGGCUCGACCGACCUCGAGUCGGGCCAGCUGUCCGAGGGCUCGGCCGCGCGCCGGCCGGUCGUCUACCAGGCCAGCUCGCCCGACGAGGUGGCGCUGGUCACCUGGACGGAGAUGGUGGGCCUCACCCUGGUGCACCGCGACCUGAGCAGCAUGCGUCUGCGCACUCCGGCCGGCCAGCUACUCGACUACGAGAUUCUGCUCGUCUUCCCAUUCACAUCCGAGACCAAACGGAUGGGCAUCAUCGUGCGGGAGACGGCCUCGGGCGAGAUCCGGCUCUACAUGAAGGGAGCCGACACUGUGAUGUCGUCAAUCGUUCUCUACAAUGACUGGCUGGAGGAAGAGUGUGACAAUCUGGCCCGCGAGGGACUGCGUACCCUGGUGGUGGCCAGUAAGAGGCUGUCCCAGGAGCAGUAUACCGAGUUCGAGCAGCGCUACAACGCCGCCAAACUGUCUGUCACAGAUCGGGCUGCUAAGGUGUCCGCCGUGGUCGAGUCCCUCGAGCGAGAGAUGGAGCUGCUCUGUUUGACCGGUGUGGAGGACCGGCUACAGGAUCACGUGCGGCCCACGCUGGAGCUGCUCAGGAACGCCGGCAUCAAGACUUGGAUGCUGACCGGCGACAAGCUGGAGACGGCCUCCUGUAUCGCCCAGUCGUCUCGGCUGGUGUCGCGCUCGCAGAACCUGCACAUCUUCCCGGCUAUCUCGACCCGUGCCGAGGCGCAUCAGGAGCUGAACGCGUUCAGAAGAAAGAACGACUGCGCCCUGGUCAUCAAGGGAGACGCUCUGGAGAUCUGUCUGCGCUACUACGAGCUGGAGUUUAUGGAGCUGGCCUGCGCGUGUCCGGCGGUGGUGGUCUGUCGGUGCUCGCCUACUCAGAAGGCCUCUGUGGUGCAGCUCAUUCAGCGACACACGGGAAAACGGACGGCAGCCAUCGGUGACGGCGGAAACGACGUCAGCAUGAUCCAGGCGGCGGACUGUGGUAUCGGUAUUGUGGGGAAGGAGGGGAAGCAGGCCUCGCUGGCGGCCGACUUCAGCAUCAUCCAGUUCUGCCACCUGGCCAGACUGCUGCUGGUGCACGGCCGGUACUCGUACCACCGCUCGGCCUCUCUAAGCCAGUUCGUCAUCCACCGCGGUCUGAUCAUCUCCACAAUGCAGGCUGUCUUCUCGUCCGUUUUCUACUUCGCCUCCAUCGCGCUCUACCAGGGCAUUCUGAUGAUCGGGUACGCUACUCUGUACACGAACAUGCCGGUAUUCUCGCUGGUCCUGGACCGAGACGUACCGGCCAAAAUCGCCCUGACCUACCCGGAGCUCUACAAGGAGCUCACCAAGGGUCGCUCGCUCUCCUACAAGACGUUCUUCCUCUGGGUGGCCAUCAGCAUCUACCAGGGCGGUAUUCUGAUGUACGGCGCCAUCUGGCUGUUUGAGGACGAGUUCAUCCACAUUGUCAGCAUCAGCUUCUCGGCGCUGAUCGUCACCGAACUGCUGAUGGUGGCGCUGACAAUUCGCACGUGGCAUUAUCUAAUGGCCGCUGCCGAGAUAGCGAGUUUCACCAUCUACAUCAUCUCGAUGGCCAUACUCAAGGACGUCUUCGAUCGAGAGUUCAUCCAGAGCCUGGACUUUCUGUGGAAGGUGCUGGCCAUCACUUUGGUCAGCUGCCUGCCGCUCUACGUUCUCAAGUUCCUCACGCGGCGGUUCUCGCCACCUUCCUACACGAAACUCACAUAGACGUGGUCAAGGAACAAAGUGGGAGCCCCCCACGACACUCAUCUAUUGUGGACACUCAGACUUUCGGUCUCGGCAGCGCUGGAGCGCUGAACUGGCGAGGAUCUCGGACUCUCCGCCCAGUCGGCUGGCCACCGAGCUGUGCCGGAAUAGUACGAUGGAGAUCCGUCUCGUCCAGCCCCGUUCUGACGAGCCGCGCUCCCAAGCCAGGACGGUGUUACUGGUUCCUGGUAAUCGAAAUGACAACCACUCACGGACUGCGUAGCGUAAACCAACGCAUCGCGUGUGUCUCAGACGAUGCGUCGGUUACACCUGUGGAAGUCCCUAGAGCGAUCAGUGAUGGAAGAGAACAUGAAGUGCUGCGCUGAUCAGUGAGGACUCUGAGCGGCCCGGGCUGUGUGCGCGCCGCUCCGGAGCGGGCGCUGCAGCCUGCAGUGACCUCUGCUAGUGCCGUCAAACGGCUCGUCAUUGACCGUCUCUAUCGAGAGUCGUCACCCCGUGCAGAACUUCCGGUGGACUUUGAUACGCAGCCACCGAUCUAACUCGUAUACGCUGAGGAAUUGUGAAGUGUUGAAGCUACCUUUGCGUGUUCGUAAUCGGCGUUUCCCUCUGAUACAAUGGUGGUGGACUCAGACGGAGGAUUACGGUAAACUGCCGAAUUUGCGCCGUUCUCUCAGAGGACCUGGAAACUAUUUAUAUGAACACAGUCGGGCGCCAUAGGUCUAUGCGUUCUGUUUUAUAUUGUAGGUAAGUAUUAUGCUUAGUUCACGUUUCCUAGCAACGCACCACCGUAUCGGUUUUGUAGUAGAGCUGGACUGGCAGGCUUAUAGCGGUAUGAAGGAGGCGGGGGGGGGGGGGGGGGAAUAAUUCCGUGUAAGGCAUGCGAGAGUGUGUGCUGACUGAAGGCAAGGUCCUGAGUUGGCAGAGUGGAUGAAGGUUUAUAUGAGGCGUGCUUAUCCCAGGCGUCCUCACUACGCGCGAUGUGUUUUGUUUAAGCUGUGAUACAUCUGUCCUGAGCUCUUGUAACCAUACAAAUACACGUAAUAUCAAAAGA